AUGUUUCGAAAACUAUUUCUAAAGUUUUCCAAAUGUCUUCGUUUUUUUAUAACUCCAUUCGCCAGACAUAUUGAAGAAGAAGAAAAGGAAGAAAAAGAAGAAGAGGCUCCGAUUAAAAAAUUGCCAGCUGAAGUUCUUGGUGUCAUUUUUACAAAGGUAAGUAUCAUAUAGACACAAUUUUUCAAAUGUUUUGAAUUAUUUGUCCAAUUUCACUGUUUCAGCUUAAAUACGAAGAUGCUCAAAACUUCAAAAACUUGUCAUCAUCUCUACUAAAUGCCUAUAAAUUUGAACGUCGGAAUCUGCCUGGUCCAGAAUGUAAUGCUCAUGUUCGUUACAAAAAUAAGGAACUUCGAUUAGAAAUAACAAUUAUGAAAACAAUUCAAUUGGCCAAAAUAAUUCCAUUACAAAUAACAGUGCCAUUGACAAAAACUGUUCCGUUGAAUGAAUGGAAAUAUUUGUUCAAAAAUUCCAAGUGCAAAGAAUUCAGUAUGACUGUAGACGAAGAUAUUCCAAUCGAUGUUUUGAAGACAAUUUUUUGCUGCAGAUCGAUCAAGUUUUUCAUCUAUUGUGGGAAAUCAAUCAAUCAGAUGACUAUUGACCUUGUUUCCGCAUAUAAGCCUAAAAAGUUAAAUUUUUUUGUGAAUAAUUGGCAUUCAGAAAUACAGGAUCAUCCAGAUGAACCAGGUUCAUACGUUCGUAUUGACUGUUUUACAAACAUGGAUGAUAUUUUUGAAGCAAUCAAAUUCACUCAUCAUAUUAUAGCUUGCUUCAAUCCGGAAAUUUUUUGAACAAAACGAACAUUUCUUAAUAGUGAGUUUUUUUCUGAACCUCUUGGAAUAAUCAAUACUGUUUUGAAGCUUUGAAUCCCCAUCACAAUUACAUAUUACGAUUUUUAUAUUUUCAGAGACGCAAACAUAAUGCUAAUUAUAUACCUUUCUUCUUCAUCAUGUUUCAUACGAAUCCAAAUGCACAGAAAGUUCAAUCGAUCAAGCUUUUUUUGGAGAAAAAUGUUUCAGGUGUGUAUGACUGUGAUGUAGAAUGCAAACAGUUAAUGGGCACCAAACGCGUUUUAAUGAUCUUAUACGAUGCUCGAUAA